CUACGGAUAUUGUUAUAAUUGCUCAUAUUCGCUUUCUCAAUCGCAUUAUACAUCGCAACUUUCGUCUAGUGCGCACGAAGUAAUCCUCUCCACAAAAAUCAAAAUGAAGGCGACCCUUAUUCUACUAGCGCUGGCGUGCAUUGUAGCAGUCGUGUACGGUGACCUGGUCUGCGGUUCCAACUACUGCAAGCAGAACCCCUGCGCCGCACCCAUGGCUGGAAGGAGCUGCCGCGCCCCUGCUGUAUACCGCGCCAACCACGCCGGCAAGUGCGCUUGCUGUCCUGCUUGUGUCACCUUCCUGAACGAGGGCGCUGCGUGUAAGACGUACAGCAAGGAGCUGGGAGAGACCCCCUCAGCCAUCUGUCGCGAGCCCCUCAAGUGUCUCCGAGGUGUUUGUGUUAACGCCCCCCUUAGGGUUUAAGUUAUUGCCUAGUUUAUUCACUGAUACUAUUUUAUAACGAUCAUAAAAAGAGGUGUUCUCUUAUGGCAUCGAGUAAAUAAUUGAAAGUCUA